AUGACUCAUUUGCAGGCAGGUCUCUCCCCGGAGACUCUGGAGAAAGCCCGGCUGGAGCUGAACGAGAACCCCGACACCUUGCACCAGGACAUCCAGGAGGUGCGGGACAUGGUGAUCACCCGGCCGGACAUCGGCUUCCUCCGCACCGACGAUGCCUUCAUCCUGCGGUUCCUGCGGGCCAGGAAGUUUCAGCACUUCGAGGCUUUUCGCCUCCUGGCCCAGUACUUUGAAUAUCGCCAGCAGAACCUGGACAUGUUCAAGAGCUUCAAGGCCACAGACCCGGGCAUCAAGCAGGCGCUGAAGGAUGGCUUCCCCGGCGGGCUGGCCAACCUGGACCACUACGGCAGGAAGAUCCUCGUCCUUUUUGCUGCCAACUGGGACCAGAGCAG